AGUCAUUGCACCAACACAAGAUCCAUUCACUCUUACAGACGUAAAGGGAACAAAUCAAACGUCAUUCGCCGAAUUUUGCAAAGACAAAGUUGA